UUGGUCAGGUUGGAUCUUUAAAAUGUUUGUAAAAUUAUUCCAAAGUUCAAGUUGUCUGCUGAAUCGAAGAAAUCGCCAUCAAUUUCUAUCCACGCUGUUCAUAAACCUGAUAUGCAUUGCACAUGGCAUUGGCGUGGGCUGGCUGUCGCCCACCUUACGUAAGAUACAAUCUGACGAGUCGCCUGUCGAGUUUUCCUUGAGCAUCACGGAGAUCUCCUGGGUUGGCUCCGCCUUAGGGCUAGGCGCGGUAGUGGGCAACAUCCUGAUGGGUGUUAUCCAUUCACACGUGGGCAGUCGCCUCUGCCUGCUCAUCAUAGCCUUUCCACACUCGUGCCUCUGGUUCCUGGUCUACUUUGCGAAGAGCACGGAAUAUCUGUUCAUCGGACGCUUCCUAGCUGGCAUUUCUAGCGGCAGCAUGUACAUUGUACAUCCGAUAUUCCUCAGUGAAAUCUCAGAUGCCAAAAUUCGAGGGACAUUCGGUUCUAUGGUCAUGCUCUCGGUAAACGUGGGCGUACUCCUGGGCUACAUAUUGGGCACCCAUCUGGCCUAUCACAUAAUUCCAUUCGUUGUGCUCAUCUUACCUGUUAGCUACUUCAUUUCUAAUCUCUUCUUCAUACGCGAAUCUCCGAUGCAUCUCAUCCGCAAGGGCAAGUACUCGGAGGCAGAGCAAUCCUUCAGGUACUAUAAGAACAUCAAGGAAGAGAAUCAGAUUAGCGAAAUGCCUGAAUUCGAGGCUAUGAAGGAGACACUGACACAGAGCGAUAAGAACUCGGAUAAGCUCACCGUCAAGGACUUCUUAACUCGAGCUGCCAUCAGAGCUUAUGGCUCAGCUGCUGUUCUUGUUAUUGUGAAUCAAUUCAGUGGGCUCUUUGCGAUGAUCAACUAUAUGUCGGACAUAUUUGCGCUGUCGGGGAGCACUAUGAAUCCUGAUACAUGUACUAUUGUGAUUGGCAUUGUUCAGAUAUUGGGAUCAUAUACGACUACGCUUCUCUGCGAUAUUUGGGGUCGUAGAAUCCUGCUGAUAGUCUCGACAGCUGGGGUGGUCGUCAGUCUGACAGCCUUCGGUCUAUUCAGCUACUUCGCACAGUGGCACGACUUAAGUGAGUGGAGCUGGGUGCCACUGUUGUUCAUGUCCUCGUAUAUCUUUCUGGGUAAUGUCGGACUCAUUGGAUGCUUCUUUGUUGUGCUCGUUGAGAUGUUUCCGCUUAAGAUACGGUCUAAGGCAGCUUCUUCUGCCAUUGUUGUUUGCAGCAUGUUUGUGUUCCUAGCGCUCAACAUUUUACCCAUCUGCAUGGCUCAAUUGGGUAUUCCGGUGACGAUGUGGUCUUGUGCAGCCAUCACAGCCUUUGGUUUUGUUUACUUUGUCUUUUUCUUGAAGGAAACCAAGGGCAAGUCAAUGCUCGAGGAUUGAGGUGCCUGAGCCUGAAUUUAAAUAUAGUUAAAUAGGGUUUUAUUAAUAUUGAACUAUGCGACGAGUAGGAGAAAGGAGACAUAUGUCUUAUUUGACUUUUUAUUGUCUCUCAGCUGGAGAUUAGAUCUAAGAUACAUCUUAAGAAAUAAAACAGA